AUGGCAUUCAACUACAAGCAAAUUCUCGUCGUUGGCGCGACGGCAGGCAUCGGCGCUGCCCUGGCCGACAAGUUCAUCAGUGAAGGCGCCAAGGUGAUCGCGGUUGGCCGGCGCCAGGAUAGGCUCGACGCCUUCGUGGAGAAGCACGGCCGCGACAAGGCCAGCGCGGUGCGGUACGACAUCAACGACCGCGAGGGAUUGGAUAGCUUUGUUAAUGGGAUUUUGAGCAAAUUCCCCGACUUGGAUAGCGUCAUCCUGAACGCCGGCGUACAGUCGCCUAUCCUUCUUUCCAAGCCCGAGGAGGUCGACCUCGACGCCUUCCAUGCCGAGGUGUCCACCAACUUCUCCCGCCUGGUCGAUCUCUCGGUCAAAUUCCUGCCCCAGCUGCAGGCGAAGCCCUACCCGACCUCGCUCGCCUUCACAAGCAGUAACCUCGCUCUCGUACCUGCGGUGCCGAUGCCCGCAUACUCCGCGUCCAAAGCUGCUCUCACGGCGUACGUGUACUGCCUUCGCCGGAUGAACCAGGACAAGUCUACCAAGAUUAUUGAAAUCUCCUCCGGCUGUUCAGACCGAACUCCACGAUUACAUGACCCCCGAGGUCGGCCGCAAGGUCGGCAUGCCACUCGAUGA